AUGGGUGAACGUAUCUUUUUUCAGAAGGAUUUGAACAAAUCUAGCGAGCAGGGAACCGAAAAAGCAACAGUUGCUUUUCGGAGAGGAAGUCCCUAUGAAGCGUGUAGUACUACCCUCAUAUCGGUGUACGACCCGCUCGGACUUCUGGCCAACGUGCUGAUGUUCCUCAAAGUUCUUGUUCUUUGUCGCUUUAACAUUGUUUCGGAUGAACCGAUAGCCGGUCAGCAACUUUCGAAGUGGAGAGCGUGGCUCAGCGUGUUGCACAAUGUGGAGAAAGUUUCCGUUCCGCGAUGCUAUCGAACGAUAACAACGUCGUUAUCCGUAAUUCAGCUGCAUGUUUUCAUUGAUGCUAGCGAAAACGGGUACGCAACGGUCGCAUACUUUCGCUACGUUCGUUCGAUUCCUCGGUUGGAACUCCAAGCGGCGGUCAUCGGAAUGCGUCUGGCGAAAGCAAUCGGAGAAACUCACCGUAUUCCAGUACAGAAACGCAUUUUCUGGAUUGAUUCAAGAGAUAUCCUUUGUUGGUUGCGCUCAGAUCACAGGAAGCACAGCAAAUUUGUUUGCGCACGGGUCGGAGAAAUUUUAGAAAACACCGACCUAUCCAAGUGGUUCUGGAUUCCGACAAAACUAAAUGUAGCCGAUGACGGGACGAAGUGGCAACGGAUUCCCGACCUUUCACCAUCGAGGCGGUGGUUUAGAGGAUCCAUGUUUUUAUGGCAACCGCGACGUGCGUGGCCAACCCAGCCGGCUAAUGUAAACGUCCACGAAGUCCGUGUCCCCAUCAUAGUUUUCACCAAUUACUCUAACUGGCGGAAACUCGUCAGAGUCGUCGCGUAUAUGCUCCGGAUUUUUAGGAACACUCAGGCGAAAUUACAGUAUCGUACUCCUACGACCGGAAUCCUCAAUCAGCAAGAGUUACUAGAUGCUGAGCACUGUCUUUACAAGCAAGCAAAGCUGGACCAAUACAGUAAGGAAAUUGCAUUGUUAUCGGGUUUCAAGAAAGUUGCCGGAGUGAAAGCUGAUCCCAUUCCCAAAGAUAGCUCGAUCUACAAGCUAUCGCCAUUUCUCGACGAAAAAGGAGUUCUGCACAUGCUUGGACGAUCUGCUGGUUGUAAAUUGAUACAGCCGACCGCCGCCCAUACCAUUUUGCUGCUGAAGAAGCACACAUUAACCACACUUAUCGUCCGUUUCUACCACGAGCGUUAUUAUCAUUUGAAACAUAAGACAGUCGUCAACGAAUUACGACAGAAAUAUCGAAUCCCGAAGAUGUGA